AUGUUAUAGUAAUUAUAAGAGCCUUUAGAUUCGAAACUUAAAAACUUUGAAUAAUAAUAAGAUAGAAGAGAAUAAUUAAUGAUAUGGGUUAAGUUAUAAAAAUAGUUAAAAAAGGAAAGGAAAGAAUUAUCAAUCGAAAUUAUAAAGGUUAUAUCGCGAACGAAGGCCGAAAAAAGGAUUAAGUGA